CCGCGCGGCCCGUUCAGUGUAGCUCAGACUUUGGUCGUGGACACUACGCCCCUCUGCCGCGGCCGCUCCCUCACUCGCGCUAGUCCGGCGGCCGCUGCGUUCUCUGCUUCGGUGUGCUUGUGAAGUCACUCUGUCCCUCGACUAUCUCGUGCUUGUGUGCGUGCGCGCGUCCGACAGGCAGCGAUGGGCGCCUGAACUGAAAGAUAGAAAAGGAAAGCCAUCGAAAGUGGUGUGAUCUGUUGAUUAUUUUUUUUUUUUUUAUUUUUUUUUAUUACUUUUACAUCGGAUACCUACUGCUUCUCUCUGGUUUGAAAUCACCGGAUAUGGAGACGUUCCUGAAGGGCUGCUUGGCUUCUGCGUCCUAUCUCAUCUCGGGGUCUCCUUUCGACGCCGCAGACACAGAUCUGGACGACGGCGAGAGCGUGGUGUCGACGACCGUCAACAACAACUACGACAAGCAGUGGAAGACGACGACCCCGUCCUUCCAAGCAGACGCCCCCAGGUUCAUGGCUCCGGGGAACGCCACCGCCGCCGCGCCCCUCCUGUGCCAGUCCCUCGAGGGCGCGCGCGGGAGCCCCCCCCAGCAGCAGCAGCAGACCUUCGCCCCCGGCCAGCGCCUCGGCAAGCAGACCGUCGGGGGCGGGUGGGUGCGGCCCUUAGGCUACGCGGAGAAGUUCAUGACGGCCGCCCAUGGAUACGGCUGCAUGACGACGGUGUACUCGCUGUGGCUGGACUCCCGGACGCCCCUGAGCCUUGAUGUUAUCAAAUAUGCGGCGACUAUUAUGUACAGGAAGAUGCCGAACCUGCGCAUGGAGAUGGCGGAGCGCGACGGCCGCCUCUGGUGGAGGGAGAUGGCGCGGGAGGUCGUCAACGUGGAGGAGCUGGAGACCCGGGACGUGGAGGGCGCCGUGGAGACCUUGCUCAAGCGGCGCUACGACGUCAAGGCGGGGCCCCUGUGGUUCACGCGGUUCAUCAGGCUCAGCCCGCAGGAGCAGGGCGUGAGGGACGACAACCACAACUUGAAGUACAAGUACGCGUGUCUCUUCGGCUUCCACCACAACGUGAGCGACGGGACGACCAACAUGAAGUUCUGCAAGGUGUUCCUGAAGGUGCUGAACGACCUGGUGCAGGGCAAGGAGAUCGACAUGUGUCAGGAGGGCACCUUCGCUCCCCCGCUGCAGGACCGCCUGGCCGACCGCAUCGGCGCCUACUUUCUGUUCGUCUACAUGUUCCUGCGGCGCCUGUACACGUGCAUCCUCACCUUCGGCAUCCCGGUCAGGAACUUCACCAGCCGCUUCCGCAUGCCCGCGCACAACGAGGCGGCCACGCGCAUGAUCCACCACGAGCUCGACGAGGACGCCACGCGCAAGCUGCUCCGCCGCUGCAAGAUGGAGGGCGUGACGCUCAACUCCGCCUUCACCGCCGCCGCCAACCUCACCAUGUACAAGAUGAUGGCGCAGAAGGGCGGGCGGCUGAAGAACACCGACUUGUGGUCGUCGCAGGCGGUGAACAUGCGGCGCUACUGGCCCAAGGAGCAGCAGAGCAACAGCUUCGGCUGCCACAUCUCCCUGCUGGACGUGAGCUUCCCGACGGGCCCCGACGACGAGAGGGCCUUCUGGAGGUACGCGCGGCAGGUGCACGCCAGGCUCAAGUACCACCUGACGGAGUCGAAGCGCGCGCUGACGCUGCAGCCGAUGAGCGAGCGCCUCAUCAUCCUGAUCCGCCACAACGCGUGGCUGGCGUGGCUGCGGCUGCCGUCCGCCAACGACGGCCACUACACGGUCACCAACAUGGGCGACCUGACCCACACCUUCCCGGGCACGGGCGAGGAGGUCGAGGUGUCGCUCGUCCUGCGCUCCGUGUCGUGCCACUUCAUGCCCACGCUGUGCCAGCACACGCUGCAGACCUUCCGCGGCCGCUUCUGCUACUCCCUCGACUACUACACGCAGAAGAUCACGAAGGAAAACGCCACCACGUACGCCCAGGGGAUCAUGGACUUCCUCCGCUACGCCAUCCACGCGCCGAACUGA